GCGUUGGUGCUGCUCGAGCUGGAAACCUUACUUUCAUGGUUGGUGGAGUGGAGCAAGAGUUUGAUGCUGCCAAAGAGUUACUGACGUGUAUGGGCUCUAAUGUGGUCUACUGUGGAGAGGUCGGAACCGGGCAGGCGGCAAAGAUCUGCAAUAACAUGCUCUUGGCAAUCAGUAUGAUUGGAACUGCUGAGGCUAUGAAUCUGGGCAUCAGAUUAGGGCUUGACCCAAAGCUGCUGGCCAAAAUCCUAAAUAUGAGCUCAGGUCGUUGUUGGUCAAGCGACACAUACAAUCCUGUUCCAGGAGUGAUGGAAGGAGUACCAUCUGCUAAUAAUUACCAAGGUGGCUUUGGAGCAACACUCAUGGCUAAGGAUCUUGGCCUGGCCCAGAUUUCCGCCACCAACACCAAGACACCAGUCCCUUUGGGGUCCCAGGCACAUCAGAUCUACAGGAUGAUGUGUGCAAAGGGCUAUGCCCUGAAAGACUUCUCGUCUGUGUUCCAGUUUUUACGUGAGGAGGAAACUUUGUGAGCUCCCUUCAGCAAUGGACAUGAUAGCAGAACACAUUUUUGUUGUUGUUUUAUUCCUUAUAGCUCAUUUGAGAAAUAUGUGCGUUUAAUCAAAUACUGUGCAUUGUGAUCCCAUACAAGAUGACUAUCUUUGGUUGUCUAGAUCACAACAAACUCCAGUAUUUUUUCAUCAGUUCUUGAAAAAG